UUUCAGCAACAACACCCCCUUUUUUGGAAUGACGGGACUUUUCGAAGCGGGAAAGAACAUAGAACGUCUAUGGCACAACAAAAUAUUAUGGCAACAGUGUAAUCUUAGCGGAACCAAAACAAUUUAAAGAUACUACUGAACUUUUGUGAAGAUCAGUUGUAGCAAAUGUCAAUUUACGGAAAUAUAUUGUUUUACAAGACCACAGGUAUAUAUGAACUUUUAGCCAGUGAGUUAGCAAGCUAACGUUACUUAUUAGCUAACGUUAGUUAGCUGGCAGAUUCCACUCCCUGUAGUUUAAAAAACAGGCUGUAAAAACAAAGUUUAAAUUGCCGUGGUACGGGUUUGUUGUUUGCUUGUGCUAGCUAGGGUCUGUUCGUUUUCUUUGAAGUCCUAUUUUUCAUUUUAAACUUCUCUAACUAUGUCAAUAUUUACAUUAACGUUACUCCUUAAACUUAUUUUUGUUUUAUUUUUAAAGCUAACGAUUUUAUGCAGUUUAGCUAGAUAACGUUACAACGGUUAACGUUAGCAUCCAUUAACUCAGUUUGUAAACAACACAGGAGAAUACAAGGAUAUUCUAUUCUCCUCUCAAAUUAUAUUGAAUAAGAUGAAAUCUAGACGCACCCAAAAGUCUACAAAACCCCGUUUACAAGGCCCCAAACUCGCUGAUAAGGGGCACAAGUCAGCAUCGAAGAGCCAUGCCAAACCACCAUGUGAAUCUUAUCCUGCCCCAAAAAAGCCUUUCACUGGGAAACUAUUCUACUUAGAUUUGCCAUCAAACAGAAGAGCAGAGACAUUAGAGAAUGAUAUCAAACGGUUUGGAGGGACGGUGGAGAAGUUCUUCAGCAAGGGGAUCAAGUACCUGGUGUCUAAUAAGAGAGAGGCCAGGUAUGUGCAUUGUCAUGGCCGCGACUCACUUGUCCCAAGCCCUGACUCUGGGCACAGCUCCCCCCACCCUCGCCCCCGUCCUGGCAGCCACAGAGACAGCCUCAAAGGAAGCUCCCAGGGCCAGGCAGACAUGGUGGUCAUAAGCAGGGGCAAGUCUUUUGUGAAGAGAGUUGUAAAAGAGCAGGUGAGAAUACAGGUCAACGAGAUCCUGUCCAAUGCUCUGGAGUGGGGAGUGAAAAUCCUGUACAUUGAUGAUGUAAUAGCUUAUAUGGAAAAGAAGAAAAGGAAUGUUAAGUAUACUGCUGAAAAGCCAACCGCAACCACAGCUGCUGUCAAGAAAAGUGCCAAAGCAGAACCUGCAGGAAAUCCAGCCUUCCAGAAGUAUAAGGGUGGAAGGAUCCGUAAACCCUUUGUAAAGGUAGUGGACUCCAGCAGACAUUACCGUCCAAUUUAUCUGGCCAUGCCGAACAUGCCAGAGUUUAACCUAACGUCAGCUCCCCCCUGCAGUCCCUUCUAUGUAGAGGACCAGGAACACUCUGGGAAGAGACCUAAAGAGCACGGGUGUCUCAGGAACCGAGGGGUGAGAGUAUCAGCCAGUGAGGAGAGGGGGCAGGACCCGGCCAGGAGGAACAGGGAGAAGAAACGUGGAGGCUACUGCGAGUGCUGCACGCUCAAAUACAACAACAUCAAAGCUCACCUGCAGAGUGAGCAACACACGGCUUUCUCCAGAAGUGAUGAGUACCUGGUGGUGGACAGGCUCAUCACCACACUGCCCUUCAACUUCAGUCACGUCAAAACAACACAAACUCCAACCACAAGGUCAAAGUACAGCAUAACCUCCCUGUUGUGUGUUCCUGGACCCAGCAUACAGAAGAAGGGAGGUGUGGAAACCAAAGAGCUGAAGGAGGGAUUAAUGUCCCUCUGGUCUACUACAGUGGAGCACCCUCUCUCCCAGAGUGUGGAAAAACCCUUGGAACAGCCUCGGAAGCGCAGCCGAGGAGCCCCUGUUCCCCACAGCACCCACGAGGGGGAGAAGAGGUGCUCUUACGUCCCAGACAGACCCCAGCCCAAGCACAGAUCCCUGUCCUGCAAACAACGCUGCCAACAGGGAUCCCCGCGCAAGCACCCCCAGAGGGCUGGGCUGAGUCAGACACCUGUGUCUAAUGCAGAAAUAGACCCUUCUACCCAUGACUCUGUCGCCAACCCUAGACUUUCCCAUCAGGGCCAGAGAACUCACACAGACAAAGAUGGCCGCUCUUCAUUUAGUGAUACAGAGGAUUUACAAUGUGGCGAUCCAGCUGGACGUGUGAAUGUCCCUUCCAGUCAGCACGAGGUGGCAGGGCCUUCAGAACACCACAAGCUCAGAGCUUUAGAGGAGAGUGAACUGAGUCAUGAUACGUUGGCUGGGGAUACUCUUCCCGGGAAUACUGUGGGUGUUCUGGAGCUCGAGGCAGGUGACACGGAGACACACACCCCUCCUCCUGCCAGAACGUUACAGAGGAGGGUCAGGAAUUACAGACGGAAGAGAAGGAAAGUUGAGACGCAGCAGACUGCUCAGGAGCAGGAAAAACCGAGCAAUGUUCCCAGCAGCUCUCUGCUGAACCUCUGGCAGCUGUUCCACUCCAGUGAGGACAUGGAGUGUGAGUUCAGAGGCUUUCCCAGCUGUUCAACUCCAGUGAGGACAUGGAGUGUGAGUUCAGAGGCUUUCCCAGCUGUUCAACUCCAGUGAGGACAUGGAGUGUGAGUUCAGAGGCUUUCCCAGCUGUUCAACUCCAGUGAGGACAUGGAGUGUGAGUUCAGAGGCUUUCCCAGCUGUUCAACUCCAGUGAGGACAUAGACUGGGAGUUCCAGGCCUUCCCCAGCUAGAGGAGAGUGGGGGGGGGGGGGGUUGGGUGACCCAGAAUCUUCCCAAUAUGAGCACUAACUUGUUACGGACUCACUGUAUGAACUUAUUGUAUGACAGUUUCAUUGAGUGACAUAGCAGAUCUAUAUGGGAACCCAUUGACUGUGGCUCUUUAAACCUAUUACUUCUAUAAAGGGAAUAGUUCCUUUCAGGUUGGGAGGGUGGUGGCGCAACACUGUUGUGUUGAUUUAACCAUGGCAGCUUUUAGUCUACCUGGCUUUUUUACCAUGACUAAUUUUAUCUGGAGAACAGGCUGGAGCACUAUCCUCAGUCCUGUACAACGCCUGCAUGUGUUCUGGUGUCCAGAGGAACUGCAUGGUUGUGUUUUUGGUAUGUGGUAUUGUACAUUUAAAAAAAUGAAUAAAAAGGGAUACAACCGAA